ACAAAACAGCUGAUUGCCGCGAAAGACGCGAAUGAUGGUAAGAAAAUAAGUAAACAACUCGUUUGAUUUGGAAAAUGAUUUGAAAAAUGUCGGCACGUUGUCGUACCUGUGGCAAGAUUAUUUACUGUGUCAACGCAAAGAAUUUAUUCCAACAGCCCGAUAACAUUAUGCUACAUCAGAUUGCAGCAUUAACUGGAAUUUUUUUAACCGAAAAUAUGGAGUUUCCUACACAAAUCUGUGGACCCUGCGAAGUGGCAUUACGAGAAGCGAUCGUGUUUCGAGAGCGCAUUAUAAAAACUCAAAAGGUGCUAUUGAGCAACAGCAAUAACAUAGAGGAAGCGUUUAAAAAAAUCGACUCGGAAGAAGUGGAAAAUCUGGAGUUUGAGGAAGAUGCCGAAGACAUUGAACAGGAGACGACGCAGGAAGAACCAACAGAAAAUGACACCUCUGGCGAAAAUAAUGACUUACAACAGCAAAGUGAAUUAAAUGAUGAUGGUCAACCGGAAGAGUCUGUGCAACAGAACGAGAUUGAUAAAGAAUCAACUGUAGAUGCUCCCACUCCAGCACCCAGCUUAGCACGCAAACCUGGCAAACCUCAAUCUAAGCUCUAUGCAACUGUAAACUUUGCAACAAAUGCAAGGAAUACUCCUCGCAUCAACUGGAGCAAAUUGUCGGAGGAAGAGAUUGUCGCGCUCAAACGUGAACGGCGUAAGAGAGAUUGCAUCUGCGAACUGUGCGGCCGCCAUUUCACCUGCCCCAGCAAUUUCAAGGUGCAUCUGCUGCGGCACACUGGCAUAAAGAAUUUCAGCUGCAAGCAAUGUCCCUUGAAGUUCUAUACCCCACACUUGCUGCGGCGCCACGAGCUGGCGCAUCUGUGCGAGAAGCCCUACCCAUGCCAGUACUGUGGCCAGACAUUUGCCGAUCACAGCGGAAGGAUUCAGCAUGAGCGGAAUCGUCAUACAAAUUAUCGCCCAUACAAGUGUACCAAAUGCGAAAAGGAAUUCGCUGUUAGUAACAAGCUCAAGCGGCAUAUGCUCAGCCAUUCUGGCGUACGCAGUUUUCCCUGCGAGAUAUGCAAAGUAUCCUUCCUGCGGCGGCCACAUUUAACUGCUCAUUAUCGCUCCAAGGGACACGAACAGAAUGCACAAAAUUUCACAGACUUGGCUAAUGCUGUGGACAUCGAUAUCGAAAGUGUCUUACAGUAAAAUCUCUGUCUGAAUGUAGUUUGCAAGCUCAGUUAAACAUUGACUAAGUUUAACUAGACUUAGUUUUAGUACAAUUUUUAAGAUAAAUUUAUUAGUCACAUGUCUUUUUCACAUAUUUUUGGUUAACAAAGACGUUGUUUUAACCAUGAAGUUUUUUAACUAAGUAAAUAAUGUCACGUAUGUAAAUUCGUAAACUAUGAAUCUGUUGAAUUUUUCCUCAUAAUAUACAUAGUUUUCGAAGAGAAAUCAUUUAUAUUUUGAUACGUAUAUAUUCGUGUAGAUUUUAAGUACAGUAAUAAAAAAAAGAAAGUUCGCAAUGGGCACAAUGCAGAUUUUGGAUAUGCCCGACGACUGCCUGAUCAGGAUAUUCGGGCAUUUGGAUUUGAUAAAUCAGUGCAACUUGGCAAAUACCUGUCCUCGCUUUGGGCACAUCUACGAAUGUGCCUUUAGUAAGCGAUUCCGUUGCUUUUCGUGGAAUGAACCCAUGCAUUCUUGGACUACGCCGCAAGUGGAAAAUUUCUUUAAGCUGAAUGGCCAUAAGAUGCACAUGUUGGCAGUCUCGGAUGUGAAAGAGGGGGACAGAGAGCCACUGAUUUGCAAGGCCCAGCAGAUGAUCAAUGUGUGCUGCUAUUUGAAAAAUCUAACAUCAUUGAUAUUAUCCAUAGAUUAUAGGGUGACUUGCAUUAUCAUUCAGAUCUGUAAAUAUAUGCAGAAGUUAGAGAAUUUCGUGAUCGACUGUGAGUCCCAUCCCAAUUAUGAGUUUCUCGUUCUGUUGCCAUGUAUAAGAAGCUUGGAUAUUAAUUAUUAUGUUGACCCCAAUUGUAAGCUGCUGCAGAGAUUCGCCCAGCUGCGUCCACAUGCUUUGCACCACUUGCGUCUUGGAACGGAAAUUCCGGUGGAGCAUCGGGGUUAUAUUGCCAAAAUGCGGGCCCUUGAACUAUUGAACGUCUACAGACCCUGUUAUCAUUUUCUUAACUCUGUUAUACUUCAGUUGCCCAAUUUGCGUGUCCUUAGCAUUUCGUCUGGCCAUCAUUUACGAUGGACGGAUUUUAAGCAUUUGGUUAUUCAGCUUAAGUUCCUUUCCACUAUGUAUAUUAUUCAGUGCAAUCAAGUCGGCGACGAGUUUAUACUGUUCGUUGUUCAGUAUUUAAAGGAGGAAAUUAGGCAAUCAAUUAGUUGUCGUCAGUUGCCUUUCUACGUGGCACUAUAUGAAACUAGCGUAACGGAGGGCAUGAGGGAGAAUGAACUCAUCAAAUCAUCUGAUUCCAUAAUUAAACUUGUUUCGCAAUCACAAAGAACUGCGUUUUGAAAGUGUUGGCGCCUUAGCGAUAUACAAGCAUUCAUCAUUGGGAACAAACAAACAAUUCACAGUGUGAUUUAGAAUUAACUAAUAACAGAUACACAGUACAUAUUGUAAAACAUAUAAUUAUAUAUUUUAUACUUUGUUACUGGCCGAUUUAAAGAAACACACAUACACAGA